GUUCCACAACUUCCAUCAUGCCAUGUCCACCACCCACUAUGCCUCCAAGAUGGCGAAGGCAGCCAAUCUAUCAGCCUUGUUGUCGUAUCCCGAGCUGUUUGCGCUGGUGAUUGGAGCACUCUGUCAUGACCUUGACCAUCGCGGGUAUAACAAUGCCUUCGAGAUCAUGACGCGGAGUGAGCUUGC